AGAAAAAAUGGGUAUGACCGGAAAACUGAACAAGAUUCCGGCGAGAAACCGGAUUCUUAUGUGCGGCGGCGAAUACCCAUCUAAUUGUGUCAUCGAGGAAUCUGAUUCUAACUCCUCUGUUAUGAAUUUGUCGGACACAGUGUUCGAAUUCCUCGAUGAAAAUGUUUCGCCGGUGCCGACGCCGGCGAGCAACGGCUAUCGAGAAAUUGAAGAUACAGAGGAGAAUAAUGGUGAUGAAGAGGAUGAUAAAGCGUUUUGGGAUAAACAACACCAAAUUCUUCGAUCAACGUUAUACAGAACAACUUCUCUUGAAUCGAGAAUCCGUUCCACCACCCACGAAUCCCUGAAAGAACUACAGGUGACCGGAAACUACUGUUGUUGUGGCCGGUCGGGGACCGGCGGUUGCAGAAAUUGUUUAAUGAGAGAAGUUUCCAGUCGGCUGAGACUCGCCGGAUUCAAUUGUGUUGUUUCGAAAUCAAAAUGGAAAAGCUCGAAUGAAAUCCCAGCAGGGGAACAUACAUAUUUGGGUGUAAUUGAAGAGGGGAAAGUGAUUGUAAUUGAAUUGAAUUUCAGAGGAGAGUUUGAGAUGGCGAAAGGAAGUGAAGAAUAUAAAGAGCUGAUUAAUAAGUUGCCGGAAGUUUUUGUUGGGAAGAUAAAGAGAUUACAGAGUUUGAUAAAGAUGUUGUGUUUAGCUGCUAAGAAAUGUAUGAAGGAUAAAAAGAUGCAUUUGGGUCCUUGGAGGAGACAGAAAUAUAUGGAAGCUAAGUGGUUGGCGGCGACGGCGACCGAGAUGUUGGAUCCGGCCACCGUGAGCAGGUGGUCGGAGUGGACUGGUAGGGUGGCUAGGUCAUCCAUGUUGACUGUUGAUUUGGUGGAGAUGUUGCCUAGAAUGCAAUAUGCAGUGUUUGCAUUAUAAACUAAUUGUUAUUGUUGUUGUUUUUGUUUUU